AUGUGGGUGAACAAAGUUGUUUGGAAUCAUUUGGCAGUUACCGAAGAUGGACGACCUACUGUCUACUAUCAAUUUCUUGCUAAUAUUAUGGAACAAAAUCUUACAAACAUUGUUUUACCUGUAUCAAUGUCAUCUAUAAUUGGUGCACGUUUCCUUCAAACAUAUCAAUUUCGUCCACAACUUAUUUAUCUUGAUUCAGCACAUGAACAAGGUGAAACAUUAAUUGAAUUAGCUUUAUAUUGGAAUAUAUUACGACCUGGUGGUGUUCUUUUUGGAGACGAUUUUGGAUGGUUAUCAGUACGUUGUGAUCUGAAAAAGUUUACAUAUAUACGUAAUCUAACAAUAGAACAUCUUGGUAAUACAUGGCAUUUGAAAAAGUCAUUAGAUUUAUUAUAA